UUUCAUUUAGAAGUGUUGGGAAGUCGGAAAGUAAGCGUGCAUCUUCCCGCAAUUUGUGAAAAACAAAGUUAAAAAGGAGUUCUGAUUAGAUAUAUUGCAGGAAAUUACUUGUGAGGUAUGUCUGCAGAAGAAGCUUCACCUGCAAAGCGGGCCAAAGUGUCCAAAACUGACUCAUCAUUUGAAGGUGAUCAAAGUCAGGAUUUUGAUCCUGCAACACAAAAGGUUUUGGAAGACAUUGAUGCUUGUCAAAAUGAAAUUGAUGCCUUGAACGAGCAAGCCAGUGAAGAAAUCCUGAAAGUAGAACAGAAGUACAACAAACUUAGGAAACCACAUUAUGAAAAGCGCAAUGAAAUGAUCAAGAACAUUUCCAACUUUUGGAUUACUGCUUUCAUGAACCACCCACAGAUCUCUGCUAUCCUUGAUGAAGAGGAAGAAGAAUGUCUGCAUUACUUAACUACAGUCAGUGUAGAGGAGUUUGAUGAUAUUAAAUCGGGUUACAGAAUCAGCUUUAAAUUUUCAAGCAAUCCUUACUUCAGCAAUGAGGAAAUUUCGAAAGAAUUUCACCUGGCUAACACAGGGGAUCCUGAAUCCAAUUCAACGGAAAUAAAUUGGAAAGAGGGAAUGGAUCUGACAAAGAGGGCGCAACAGCAGACUAAUCGGAAGAGGCGGCGCGGGAGUGGGAGGACAUUUUUCGCCUGGUUUAACGACGUUAACGAUCCCUCCGCAGAUGAUAUAGCUGAGGUGAUUAAAGAUGACAUGUGGCCCAACCCCCUUCAGUAUUACUUGGCGCCAGAAAUUGAUAUGGAUGAAAAUGGAGUGAGUGAGGAAGAGGAGGAGGAAGAUGAAGGAGAGGAAGGUGAAGAUCUGGAUGACUCGGUGGUGGUGCUAGAUGAAGAUGAUGAAGAUGGUGAAGAAGUGUAUGAAGUUGAAGAUGAUGAGGAAGAAUUUGAGACUCUAGACUCUGUGGGAGGAGAUGAUGAAGAUGAUGGUGUUGAGGUGAUUGAAGAUGGUGAGGAUGAAGAGGCAGCAGAAGAAGAUGAUGAUGAAGCAGAAGAAGAGCCCACGAAAGGGAAGACGCCAGUGAAUGGUUCUAGUGGAGCUCCCGUAGUGGUGAACGGAUCCACGGAAAAAGAGGGAGGGGGAGGGGAAUGAAGCCCCUCACUAGACACUAGAGGAAUGUUUGUCUUAGGGCCAUUAAAGGAAUUUUUAAUCUAGUUCUAUGAGCGAGUGCCAAUGAUUGCUGCUUUAUUUUAUGUUUUCAUACAUGUAUUUUCUUUAUGGGUUAUCAAUAAACUUGGUUAUAUAUUGAAAUCAUCAAGUUUUACUGAAAUGUUGAAAAGUAAAAAAGGGCAGCAUUUUUGCUUUACUUUUGGCUACUAUAUCUUAUUGCCAAUGAAUGCUUCAACUUUGAUGGCCAUUUCUUGAGCAAUGAAUUCCAUCUUUCAACCGCACUCUAAAGUUUCUUUUAUUUCAUACAGUUGAUUGAAAGUGAUAGCUGUGUAAACAUAAUAUUACAACAUACAAUGAUGAUGGAAUCUUCAUUGUCACUGUGUCGGUGGCAAUUAUUGGUACUCCCAUAGAACUGUUCCAUUAUUUAUUGUUGGUUAAGUCAUAAGAUUAUUUUGUCCAUGAUUAAAUAUUGUCUAAAUCAUUAAGUGAUUAACCAUAUUUUUACAUUCAUUGCAUUAUGUAUGUAAAUCAUCACUAAUUAUGCACGUCCCUCUGUUGGUAGGACUUAGGUUUCACUAGAAUUCAUCCAUGCAAGCUUUAUCAACAUUCACAUUUGUAUCAACCUGAGAGUUCAUAUUACAUGUAUAUCCAUUGGACCUCAUUGUGAAGUUUUAUGUAUCAUUUGUUUCCAAGAAAAAGUUACUCUAUCCCAUAACACAAAAAUUUAAAGAAAAGAGGAAGAAAACUACAAUGGUAAUUAAAGUUCAUAUAAGGCAACAAAAGUUAUGGAUUAAAUCAUUAAUAUUUUUGUAAAGUCUUCUGAUCGUGUGACUAGAUGUAUCAAAGAUACCAUAAAAUGCUUACACUGCAUGUUGAACUGCAAACAGUAUGUACAUUUAUAUCUUGUAAUAGAACAUAGCUUUUUUUUAUCCUUGAAGCAAAAUUCAUGUCUGAAACACUUGCUGACAAAUCUCUUGAGAAAAAUAAUAAUAAACAGUAAACCAUG